GUAAGGCGCCGUCCAUUUGCAGAAACCUCUUCCAACUCUCUUAAAACUCAAUAAAUUUUCUUCUUCUUUUUUUGUUUUUUGUUGUAUUUGUAUUCUCUCAUCAAUAUCCUUUGCAUGUUUCUACCAAUGUCUUCUCUCAAAACCCUUGCUUUCCUUUCAAUCUUUCUUCUUUUGCAUCUUAAGAUUGCCAAAACUGACUUUCUAUCCCCACUUUUAUCACCCUUAUUUGAUGAUGUAUGCAAAGAAGUGGAAUGUGGCAGAGGAAAAUGCAAGCCAUCUAUUAAUGGAACAUUGCCUUUUUAUAUAUGUGAAUGUGAUCCUGGUUGGAAGCAAACCUUUUCUGAUAAAGAUGAUCAUGCUCAUCUCAAGUUCCUCCCUUGCAUUGUUCCCAAUUGUUCGAUGAACAAUGUUUGUUCGGCAGCUCCAUCCCCGGCGCAAGAGAAGGCAUCCGAUACAGAUCAGUCUGCCUUUGACAUCUGCAAAUGGACUAAUUGUGGAGGUGGGUCGUGCAACAAGACGUCACCAUUUACGUAUGAUUGUCGAUGUUCAGAGGGUUACUUUAAUCUUCUUAAUGUCUCUGCCUUCCCAUGUUACAAAGAAUGUGCAAUUGGAUUGGACUGUGCUAACCUCGGGAUCUCGUUGACGAAUAAGUCUACUCCCGUAACACCAACACCAUCAACAUCUCAAAACGACGUUAACCAAGCUUGCUUGAAGCUGUUAGGAACUUGGCAUUGGGUCAUAGUAUUGGUAUUGUUGUUGGCUAUGGUUGCUUGAUUUGUAUAGAUUUUUAACUCAUGCACUACUUUGCCCUCUCGAAUUCGAAGAGGACAUUAAGCUUUUAAGCCCCCUCAAAUCUGUAACCUCUAAGCUCCCUCGAAUCUGCAACCUCUUAGAAUGCGUACAUUGGAGUUGAUAUUUCAAUUGGCUUAUGGGAUGGUAGAGUUAGAUAUUAUGUUUCAAUGUAAAAAUGUUCAUUUCAUAUCAAUAAGUAUUUAUGAGAUUAUGGCUCAUUUUUUCUAGUUCAUUAUCCGGACUAGGGAUGACAAUAGAGCCAGACAAGUGUGUUUGCUCGCCUUA